AUGCCCAACCGACUUGUUGAACAGGCCCAGGAGGUCGCGAAAGAGGACAUCGACAAAUACAAGGCCCUUCUGAACGAUGCUGCCAGAAGCCGGUCUUACUUGUAUCCCAUCAAGGGGAUUUUCUACUUCAUGUCCCAUCGCGAGCUGUGGAAGCCCCUGGCUUCGAAGCUGGUACCUUACCUCGGGCUCUAUGCUUCAGUCAUUGGACCCAUGUUCUUCUUCACAUAUCUCCCUCAGUUGGCCAUCAUGGUCUUCGUGAACGGGCCUCUCGCUGUGCUCACAACUAUCCUUCUUGUCCUCAACGAGAGCGCAGCCGUUGUCUCGAUCCUCUCGAAAAGCCUCCUGCUCCAGGACGCGCUUCUGGACACAUUCGACGGUACACUGAUCGCGAAAAACAAGACAGAGAUCGUUGCAAAUGGCAGAGAGGUCAACUCUCGGGGAGACGCUAUUCAGAAACUGGGCAAGGCACUGAAGAAACCAUUCAGCAAAUUCAGCGUUAAGGAGCUGGUUCGAUACUUCAUGUACUUGCCUCUCAACUUUAUUCCGGUUGUUGGAACAGUGGCCUUCAUCAUUAUCCGCGGCCGCGCUCGUGGCAACUCUGUUCAUGAUCGGUACUUCCAACUCAAGGGAUGGUCUGCAUCCAGAAAGUCUGAGUGGCUCUCAAAGCAUAAGGGCCCCUACACUGGACGCCUCCGAAAGUCUUGGAUUCAUGAAGCACAAAUCGCUUCGAGAGCGCACAUGUCGGCUAAACUAUCCACCUGCGACACUCUGACGUAUCACGCACAAUUUGAGGCUUUGGUUUGGCUAACCAUGACUGACGUUACCAGUUUCGGAACUGCGGCCACCCUUCUCGAGAUGGUUCCGGUGGCGUCCAUCGUCUUCUCGUUCACCAACACAGUUGGCGCUGCUCUCUGGGCCGCUGAUAUCGAGGGCAAGGAUACCGAGAUGACCAAGGCCACAGCCCCCGAACUCCGGGAGGCGGCCAAGAAAGUGGAGUGAGAUCUGGACUCGUGCAAAGGGCCGAGAUUACCUGAUCGACCAGGGCCCGGUCACACAGUGCCAACGGUGUUCCUUUCAGCAUGAUACAGAGAAACCCAUGUGAAGGUGAUGGCGGCAUUUAGGGGAGCAGCAUCGAUAGACGGUGGAGCACGACAUUUUGACAGCGCAGCAUGCCGUGCCACCCUUUCGACGCUCGGAAAUGGCGAAGGUUUAUCGGCGCUGGAAGUUCCAACAUUGUUUCAUGGUAUCCAAGCUUGCGUGGGAUUUCUUCUCACAGGGUUGAGGUGGUCAAGGAGCUCAAGGGCAUGGAUUUGAUGGUUCUUAAUUCGUCCUAGUUUGCAUUACGGAAGGCGUUCUUCGGCGUUUUGCCUGCAGGUUUUCAAAGAAGGAUGCUCUGUCUUUUAAUGGAACGUUGUUUUGCAC